AAUGACAGAAGGGGCAUUACAAAUGAUCUUGAAUUGAAAAAACAUGGGUACCUUUAUGGUAUAUCUAAUUUAAUUUGACGGUUUGCUUCAGUAUGUAAAAAUCACGAAAGAGAAAAAUGGAUGCCUAAUUCUCGAGAAGAGCAACGUUAUCAGUUCGAAAUUUUUGGAUUUCAAUGGAUUCCCUGCUUGCAAAUUAUGCAUCAUCAGAUGAAGAGGAGCAGCAGCAAAAUCAACAGCAAUUACAAUCACGAAGCAUUGGUAGCGAAACGCUAUUCUCUCGUCUACCGCCCCCAAAACCUACCUUUAACCUGCCUCCGCCUAAAUCCAAAUCAAACAAGCGUCUUGUGCAAUUUAGGCCGCCAUUGAAGGCGGCAGUAGCGGUGGAGGAGGAGGAGGAGGAGGAAGAGAAGGAGCCUCCGCCCAAGAAAAGAAUUGGGGAAUCCUCUGGAGGGCUGUUUGCCCUCCUGCCUCCGCCGAAGAAUACCCAAACCCUAGGGGGCGGCGGCGGCUCUCGUCGCACAAUUCUCGAGCCCGACGCCACCACUGCCGCCUCUGCCGUCACAGAUGUCCCUGCUCCCGCAUCGCAGGAGCCGCAGUUAGAGGCUUCCUGUAAUGUUGAAGCAACACAACAGUUUGUAGGGCAAUAUGAUUAUAAUGCAUAUUAUUAUUCUGAGCCAACUCAACAGUUUGUAGGGCAAGAUGAUUAUAAUGGAUACUAUUAUUCUGCUCCAGAUCAGGUCUCCACAGAGACAGUACCGCCACAGGUACAGUUGCCUCUGGAGAGCAAGAAUAAGAAGGGCGGACGGAAGGCCUUUGAAAUUGGUUCUGAUGUUAUUGAAAUAAAGCAGGAGCAGUUGAUGGGCAACAAACCCAGACAGGAUCAAGUUAACUUGACAGGAAUUGCCUUUGGACCCUCCUAUAAGCCCGUUUCGGCUGCAAAAGACAAACCUUCAAAGUUGCAGAAGAGAAAACAUCAAAUUGGAUCACUGUACUAUGAUUUAAAGCAAAAAGAGAUGGAACUUGCUGAGAGGCGUGCUAGAGGUCAUCUUACUAAAGCAGAAACACAGGCUAAGUAUGGAUGGUGAAAUAAUGAAGGCAAUCCAUUGGAUGAGGAUGUUAUGUAACACAUUGUACAUUGGAAACAUCUCUAACAUUAUUCGUUACAAUUGUACCAUGUUUUCAGCAGUGUAAGAAUUCCAUUUGAAAUUCAGAGUUGUCAACUUUUA